AUGAGAUCGGCUACUAGAGAUGGAUUUUGGGUUUGCCUUGUGCAGCAAUGUGGUGAGAUCGUAGUCACUGGAGAAGUAGUUGCCUUGAGCGGUGGUGAUGGAUUUGGGUUUGUUUGUGUGUUUUGUGGGGGUGGAUAUGGGUUUGGUAGUGGUGGAUUUGAAGUUUGGUGGUGGUGCUGGAUUGUGGGUUGGUGGAAAUUCGAGUUUGGUGGUUAUGGGAUUAUGAGCCCGGAUGGAGAUAUAAUUGAUUGCGUAGAUAUCAAAAAGCAGCCAGCUUUUGAUCAUCCUUUGUUGAAAAAUCACACAAUUCAGAUGAGACCUGGUUCUUACCCAGAAGAGUUUUUAUUCAAAGAGAGCAACAACGUCUCUUCGAACUCCAAGCCCAAAAUUACUCAGUCAUGGCACUUGAAUGGAAGAUGCCCAGAAGGAACCAUUCCCAUAAGAAGAACUAAAGAAGAAGAUUUAUUAAGGGCAAGCUCUGUAGCUAAUUAUGGAAGGCAAAAAUACAAUAGCAUCCCUAAUGAUGAUAACAAUGCGAUCCAUGAGUAUGCAACGCUUAUAGAGGAAGGAGAUACGUAUUAUGGAAUGAAUGCAGACAUAAACGUGUGGAAUCCCCAUGUCCAGGAACAAAACGAGUUUAGCUUGGCUCAAUUCUGGUUGGCAGCUGCUGAUAAUAAUGGUGUAAACCGUGAUACAAUUGAAGGUGGCGUGAUGGUCUACCAUGAGAUGAACCAAGAUUACCGCACUAGACUCUUCACGUUUUGGACUGACAAUGUAGAUGGACACUGGUGGUUGCAACUUGGUGAUAAUUUUAUAAUGGGAUAUUGGCCAUCCUCCCUUUUCUCGAUCCUGGCUAAUAGCGCUACGAGUGUUACAUGGGGAGGAGAGGUGAUAAACGAACAGAGAGGUGGGCAGCACACCACAACACAAAUGGGCAGUGGCCAUUUUGCUGAAGAAGGGCCCAAGAGGGCUAGUUUCUUCCAAAAUCUCAAAGUUAUAGAUCAUGAAGUAGUUCUCAGGGGACCCAGGGACAAUCGUAGAAUCGUUACGCAUCCCAAUUGCUAUAAUCUGUUAAGAGGGGACGACUUCUUUUAUUAUGGUGGUCCUGGUAGAAGCCCCAUUUGUCCAUGA